GCCCCGACGCGGACCGGAACGCCGCACUCCGCUCGCCCCGCGCUCGAGCCAUGCCGGGCAGCCGCGCAUAAUCGCUGCGCCCGGGCCGCUUUCGCUCCGACCCUGUGCGCGUCCCUCUCCCGAGGAGAGCUUCCCGUGCAUGCAGCUCCUUCGUUCUCCGCCGGCCCCGACGACCAUGCCCCGGGCGACUGCGCUUGGGGCCCUCGUGCCCCUGCUGCCUAUCCUGCUGCUACCGCUCUCGGACGCCGCCUUGGACUACUCGGCGCUGGAAGGCGAGGAGGGCGCGGAGCAGCAGUUGGAGCAUUACCACGACCCGUGCAAAGCUGCUGUCUUUUGGGGAGACAUUGCCUUAGAUGAGGAGGACCUGAAGUUAUUUCACAUCUACAAGGCCAGAGACUGGAUCAAGCAGUCAGGGGAAAAGAAGAGACAUGGCACAGGUGGGCUUGAAGAGCAGCCAUUUGAAAGCUGGCCGAACACUACAGCUGCAAAUACCAGCAACGAGGAAGCUAGAAAGGAUGGUGAGAAGAAUGCCGUGCUUCCACAGAGCUCUGGGACCUCAAAUGCUGAGACCUUCUCUCCCCGAGUCCGAAGAGCCACCACCUCAAGGACAGAGAGGAUAUGGCCUGGAGGGGUCAUCCCCUAUGUCAUUGGAGGGAACUUCACCGGAAGCCAGAGAGCCAUUUUUAAGCAGGCCAUGAGACACUGGGAGAAGCACACCUGUGUGACCUUCAUAGAGAGGACUGAUGAAGAAAGCUUUAUUGUGUUCAGUUACAGAACCUGUGGCUGUUGUUCCUAUGUCGGGCGCCGAGGAGGAGGUCCACAGGCCAUAUCCAUUGGGAAAAACUGUGACAAGUUUGGCAUUGUGGCUCAUGAACUGGGCCAUGUGGUUGGGUUCUGGCAUGAACACACCCGGCCAGACAGAGACCAGCAUGUCACUAUCAUCAGAGAAAACAUCCAGCCAGGUCAGGAGUAUAAUUUCUUAAAAAUGGAAGCUGGGGAAGUGAGCUCUCUGGGAGAGACGUACGACUUUGACAGCAUCAUGCACUACGCCCGGAACACCUUCUCAAGAGGAGUUUUCUUAGACACCAUCCUUCCCCGUCGAGACGACAAUGGCAUCAGGCCAACCAUUGGCCAGCGUCUGCGACUCAGUCAGGGAGACAUAGCUCAAGCCAGGAAGCUGUACAAAUGCCCAGCAUGUGGGGAGACCCUGCAGGACACAACAGGAAACUUUUCCGCACCUGGUUUCCCAAAUGGCUAUCCUUCUUAUUCCCACUGCGUCUGGAGGAUAUCGGUCACUCCAGGGGAAAAGAUCAUCUUAAACUUCACAUCCAUGGAUUUGUUUAAAAGCCGCCUGUGCUGGUAUGACUACGUGGAGGUCCGGGACGGGUACUGGCGAAAAGCCCCGCUGUUGGGUAGGUUUUGUGGCGACCAAGUCCCAGAGCCCCUCACUUCCACCGACAGCCGGGUCUGGGUGGAGUUCCGGAGCAGCAGCAACAUCCUGGGCAAGGGCUUCUUCGCGGAGUAUGAAGCUACGUGUGGGGGAGACAUUAACAAAGACACCGGGCAGAUCCAAUCUCCCAACUACCCAGAUGACUACAGACCUUCCAAGGAAUGUGUUUGGAGAAUUACGGUUUCGGAGGGGUUCCACGUGGGGCUUACUUUCCAAGCUUUUGAGAUCGAGAGGCAUGAUAGCUGUGCAUAUGACUACCUGGAAAUCCGAGAUGGCCCCACAGAAGAGAGCACCCUGAUUGGUCACUUUUGUGGCUAUGAGAAGCCGGAGGAUGUGAAAUCCAGCUCCAACAGAAUGUGGAUGAAGUUUGUGUCCGAUGGCUCCAUCAAUAAAGCGGGCUUUGCAGCUAAUUUUUUCAAGGAGGUCGACGAGUGCGCCUGGCCUGAUGGUGGCGGGUGUGAGCAGCGCUGUGAAAACACUCUGGGCAGCUACAGGUGUGUGUGCGACCCUGGCUACGAGCUGGCCGCUGAUAAGAAGACGUGUGAAGUGGCCUGUGGCGGUUUCAUUACCAAACUGAACGGAACCAUCACCAGCCCUGGGUGGCCGAAGGAGUACCCUACAAACAAACACUGCAUCUGGCAGGUGGUGGCCCCUGCUCAGUACCGAAUCUCCCUCCAGUUCGAAGUGUUUGAACUGGAAGGCAACGAUGUCUGUAAGUACGACUUCGUGGAGGUGCACAGCGGCCUGUCCCCCGAUGCCAGGCUGCAUGGCAAGUUCUGUGGCUCCACGAUGCCCGAGGUCAUCACCUCACAGAGCAACAACAUGCGUGUGGAAUUCAAGUCAGACAACACAGUCUCCAAACGUGGCUUCAGGGCUCACUUCUUCUCAGACAAGGACGAGUGUGCCAAGGACAAUGGUGGGUGCCAGCAUGAGUGUGUGAACACGUUCGGCAGCUACCUGUGCAGGUGCAGGAACGGCUAUCGGCUCCACGAGAAUGGGCUCGACUGUAAAGAAGCUGGCUGUGUGCACAAGAUCAGCAGUGCAGAGGGGACCCUGGCGAGCCCCAACUGGCCUGACAAAUACCCCAGUCGGAGGGAGUGUACCUGGAACAUCUUUACAACUGCGGGCCACAGGGUCAAACUCACAUUUAAUGAGUUUGAGCUUGAGCAGCACCAGGAAUGUGCCUACGACCACCUGGAACUGUACGACGGGCCCGACAGCCUGGCCCCGAUCCUUGGCCGUUUCUGUGGCAGCAAGAAACCAGCCCCCGUGGUGGCUUCGGGCAGCAGCCUGUUUCUCAGGUUUUACUCGGAUGCUUCAGUGCAGAGGAGAGGCUUUCAGGCAGCGCACAGCACAGAGUGUGGGGGCAAGCUGAAGGCCGAAGUACAGACCAAAGAGCUCUAUUCCCAUGCCCAGUUUGGGGACAACAACUACCCGAGCCAGGCCCGCUGUGACUGGGUGAUCAUGGCAGAGGACGGCUAUGGCGUGGAGCUGAUAUUCCGGACCUUUGAAGUCGAGGAGGAAGCCGACUGUGGCUAUGACUACAUGGAGGCCUACGAUGGCUAUGACAGCACGGCACCCAGGCUCGGCCGCUUCUGUGGCUCUGGGCCAUUGGAAGAAAUCUACUCUGCAGGGGAUUCUCUAAUGAUUCAAUUCCACACAGACGACACCAUCAACAAGAAAGGUUUUCACGCCCAAUAUACCAGCACCAAGUUCCAGGAUGCCCUGCAUAUGAGGAAAUAAUGUCACUGUCACUGUUCUUGAAAGACAAGAAUCGAGAAUGUUUAUAAUAAUAGCACCUUGUGAAGCUGCCCUAAAACAGUGCACAGUAUUUUUCUCAAACGAAAACUCAAAAUCUGAUCUUGGAGGCAUGUAUUUGAUGAAGUUUGGUCAACAAGGAGGGGAGAUGAUGUUCCUUGGAUUCUGGCUGCAUUGUUAUCAAUCGUGGACUUUGAAGAUUAAGGCUUGGAGUCACUGACCAUUAAAGCUAUGCCUGUUCAAACCCACCCUCCUUGUCCCUUGCUCCUGUGGGGCAAAAGGCCAGAGCUUGGGUUGGUCAUUUCCCUAUUUCUAGACAUGCUUCUGUAGGUGCCAGAUGAUGUGACUGU